AUGUCUGAUCCUACCUCCCGGCCCCCGACGCUUUCGAUAAGCAUGUCUAUCGACCCACCAAAAUUCACACGACGUUCUGAAUCACCACCCAGUAUCUCAAUCACAGUAACUUCUCAUGCUUCCUCACCCAUCACCAUAUUUACCUGGCAUACUAUUUUCAACUUAGCACUAGCCCAGCGACGCAAGAACUUUAUAUGCACAGAUCUCACUACAGGUUCGCCUAUUCAGAUGGAUGUCACAAAGGGUCCAAAGCGACCAGGCUUCAGUUAUGAACUCGGCGGCCCUGAUGACGAGUACUAUGUUACCCUGGAACCAGAAACGCCUGUGACUAUUUCGCAUAGAUUUCUGAGGGAGUAUGCGAUUGAGGGUGACAAAGCCUUUACGCCAGGUCAUAAGUAUCGACUUGAAGUUCGCGAGGAUGAGGUGGUUAAAUGGUGGCGUUAUGGAAAGAAGGAGGAUGUGAUGGCACCACCUGGGCAGCGUGAAGCGAGGGAUGGUUGUGAAGAUGCAAGUGGUCCACCAAUUAGACUUGGUCCAGUCGAGCCAGUCGGGUUCGAGGUUGAGUAA